AAGACCUCUCUUUAAUCCGUCCCAAUAUUUAAGUACAUUCAAUCAUCUCUCACUCUCUACAUAACACAACAAUUUACCACUAAUUAUCUUCUUCAAAAAUAUUAAUACACAAGGUUUUAGCUAAAUGUCUUCUUCUUCUUCUUCUUCUUCGUUGUCUUCUUCUUCUUCUUUCUCUGAUCUCUCUUAAACCCAUCAACCAGAAAACCCUCUAUACCUUACCAGGUAUAUAUAUCCCAUUACCCACAUACAUAAUAUAUAUACACACACUGGGUACAAGUUUACCAUAUAUUUAUAUAAUCAGUGUGUUGGAUGGAUUGCUUAAGAGAAAUACAAGGGAAGGAAGCUCAUGAUCCGAUGAGUACGAGUUGUAAUUGUAAUAACAAGUCGGUGCGACGCGUGUGGGUACCGGGUCCGGUUAUAGUCGGGGCGGGUCCGUCCGGUCUAGCAGUAGCGGCGUGUCUGAAGGAGCGAGGGGUGCCGUGUGAAAUCCUCGAGAGAUCCAACUGCAUAGCUUCGUUAUGGCAGCUAAAAACCUACGACCGUCUCCGUCUACAUCUCCCAAAACAGUUUUGUGAACUGCCGUUAAUGGGUUUUCCCGCCGAUUUCCCAACUUACCCCACGAAGCAGCAGUUCAUAUAUUACCUCGAAGCUUACGCUCGCCGGUUCGACGUCCGUCCACGGUUCAACGAAACUGUGGCUGGGGCGGAGUAUGAUGGAACGGUGGGGUUCUGGCGCGUGAGGAGUGUGGGAGGAAAAGGGGGGGAGAUGACGGAAUUUGUUUGCCGGUGGCUGGUUGUGGCGACCGGCGAGAAUGCAGAGGCGGUGAAGCCGAAGAUUGAAGGAAUGGAGGAAUUCGGAGGGGAUAUCCGGCAUACCAGUUCGUAUAAAAGCGGAGAUGUUUUUAGAGGGAAAAGGGUUUUGGUAGUUGGGUGCGGGAAUUCUGGGAUGGAGGUCUGUUUGGAUCUCUGCAAUCAUAGUGCCACUCCUUGGCUUGUCGUCAGAGAUUCUGUGCACGUACUACCACGAGAGAUGCUGGGAAGAUCAACAUUCGACUUGUCCAUGUGGCUACUCAAGUGGCUUCCCAUGGGCAUUGUGGACUCCUUGUUGCUCAUUCUCUCCCGCCUCAUGCUCGGCGACACCUCCCGCUUCGGCUUACACCGGCCCGCCACGGGUCCUCUCCACCUCAAGAAUUUGUCUGGGAAAACUCCCGUCUUAGAUGUCGGCACCCUUGCCAAGAUCAAAUCUGGACACAUCAAGGUAUGUCCAGGGAUCAAGAGACUAAAACGACGUGCAGUGGAGUUUGUUAAUGGCAAGAUCGAGAAUUUUGAUGCCAUCAUUCUUGCAACUGGUUACAAAAGCAAUGUGCCCUCUUGGUUAAAGGAAAGGGAGAUGUUCUCGGAGAAAGAUGGGUUGCCGAGAAAGCCAUUUCCCAACGGGUGGAAAGGUGAGAACGGAUUGUAUGCGGUAGGGUUCACCAAACGUGGACUUCUGGGUGCUUCAAUGGAUGCCAAGAGAAUAGCUGAAGAUAUUGAACGUUCUUGGAAACUUAGUAUAGCCUUUGGAUCUCAAUCAUGAUUUUUUUCUUUUACCCUUUACCUAAUUCAUUGGAGAAUUUUGAUCCUACUCCUCCAAUUUUUUUUUUUUUCUUUUUUAUUUGUUCGAUUUAACGGUAAAAAGGUAUACUCCGAUAAAAUUUUUCCGAUAUUAAGUACCUGGUACAUUCGGAAUUUUACUUUCGGAAUGUUACCAGCGAGAAUCAAACCGAACCUACAUAAUCGAAUUAGAGAGUAUACUUCA